AAAUGAUCCUUUAUAAAGAGAAUUAACUGCCUGUUGCUUCUGAACUAAAGUCUGUCAGAGGAGAAAAAGAAGAAAACAUUUCUGUUAAAAGUCGAAGUUGUUAGUGUUUGUCAGGAUGACGUGGGUCAGAGUUUCUCUUCUCUUGCUGUUUCUUCUUGUCUCUGUUACGCUCUCAACCCAAAGCUCCACCCCAAAGUCAGAUGAGUUUCUGGGACCAGUCAAGUGUUUUGAGAAGAAGUUGACUCGUGAGUCAUGUGACCUGGUAUUUUGUCCUCCAUGGCAGCGCUGCAUAAACGGGCGCUGCACCUGUAAACCUCCCUACCUGUGUCCUGCUGAGGGCAUGACCCCAGUUUGUGCACGCGACAACAAACAGCUUCGCUCCUUUUGCCAGGCGAUGGCAGCCUCCUGUCAGAGCAAGAAACCCUUCAUGUCCCACUUUGGAACAACCUGCACAGCCGAUCAGCCAAAGUUCAGAAGUUCGAUAGACCAGGGUACAGAGCUGGUUCGGCUCUUUGUUCCUGGUACUGGAGGAGGUGGGGAGGAGGUGCUGGUGUGUCAGGAGCUGUGGGACAUGGCUGCUGCCAACGUGGCCUGCAAGGAGGACGGACACCCACUGGUAGCCUCGUCCACCGGGACCGUGUCGUACAUUUCCCUGAAAAGCUUCGACGAUCAGCUUCCGGGCAAAUGUGUGAGUGUGCGUUGCCAAGGUUACGAGAACUCUUUGGCAGAAUGCGUGAUCUACGACAAGGUCAACAUCAACAACAGGGAGGUCGCUACAGCAACCUGCGUACAGCCAACAAACAAUGAGUGCGACUUCAAGUGUGUGAAUGGGAAGUGCGUGUCUCUCAGUCAGACGUGUGACGGCGUUGACGACUGUGGCGACCGAAGCGACGAGAUGUGCUGCAAGAAUUGCAGAAACGGAGCUUUCCGCUGCAGCACAGGUGUGUGUUUGCGUAGAGAAGCAGUUGGUGACGGACAGAUCGACUGUCUGGACGGAGAGGACGAAUCAAAGGAACACACAACGACAGAGACGUCGCCUCCUCCUCUCAGGAAUACAGAGUACACCUCUCCAAAAAACGAAACGAAAGUCACCAGAGUACAUCUGGAGUCCAAGCUGAGCUGUGGUGUUGCUCAAACAACAAGAACGAAUCAUGAUGUUGAAGAGUACCAAGGAAGAGCCAGGCACAGGAGAAUGUUGGGAGGACAGCCAACAACACCGACUCAGAUCCAGUGGCAGGUUGCAUUAGAGAUGAACAGCCAGUUUCAAUGUGGAGGAGCUUAUAUCGGAGGCUGCUGGGUCGUCACUGCUGCUCACUGCAUCGGACCCAACCCAUCUCUGUCAUUAAGAAACACUGGAGCUUCUGGUCAAAACAGUGAAACCAACAGAAAGCCUCAUCCUAGUGCAUUUAAGGCAAAGUUUUCUCUUUGGAAGAGGAUCAGAGUUCAGCCCUCCACAGAUCUUGUUCCUGUUAAGGACAUCCACGUCCACCCUGAGUACAACCCCAUCACCCGUGAGAAUGACAUCGCUCUGGUGAAGCUGGAGAAACUUCCAUUUAGUGAAGAGUGUUUGAUGGAAAACCCUGCAGUCACCCCCGUCUGCGUUCCCUGGACCACCCAGCUCUUCCAUCCCAACCACACCUGCACCAUCUCUGGAUGGGGACAGACCUCAGGUGGCAGGCUGUCUCUGGUCUUACAGUGGGCCAGGGUCCCCCUUGUUGAAGACUGUGAGAGGUUCUACAAUGACAGUUUUAAACCUGGCAUGAUCUGUGCAGGUAAUCUGGACGGCAGUGUGGACGCCUGUCAGGGGGAUAAUGGAGGUCCUCUGGUGUGUGAGGAUGAAUUAGGUGUUUCUUACCUGUGGGGCAUCGUCAGCUGGAGGCAGGGGUGUGUCCCAUCGAGAUCUCCUGGAAUUUAUACGCAGGUUGCUCAUUACUUUGAGUGGAUCAGACUUCAUACAGGCUGGCCUACUGUGACCAGGUUCAACUCGUAAUAACGCUCACACAAUCAGCAACAUUCAUUCAUACUUUAUCAUGGUUACAGACAAAUACUGACACAAUGUAAACACUUUAUUAUUCUUUGUUGCUACAGAAAGUAAAUAAACAAUAUUUCAACCAUUA